UUGUUCCGUACCGUAACUCACUUUUGUAAUCAUUCAUUCAGACAGUGAACAACAACAAUUUAGUCAAAUCAAAUCAACUUUCCAUUUGAUUCUGAAACCUCAUUAAUUUCCACGCAAGCUGAAGCGGUGUCACCAUUGGUGUAUGAACCAUAGAACAAGGCGAUUACAGGGGUUGUGGUUAGAAUUGGAAAAAGGUUUGAAGUUUAAGUAUACCAACCAUUCUUUCUGUGCUUCAUUGACUGGUGGGUGCGCGCGCUUCAAUAAGGUUUGGAUCAUUGAAUCUUUGUUUUGGUCUUAUGGUGUGAUUAAGGGUACAGCUACUACAUGUUGGAGAAGUUGAAGGGUGUUGCAACUGUUGAGCACUUGCUUGAAUUUGUGGGCUGAUUGGGAUUAUAAGGGACUUUUGAUUAUGCUGAGUUUGUUUGUGAACUGUGUGCAAAUGAAUAAGUGAAUUGGAGUUGCUGAUUCUGGGGAUGGGUAGUGAUGGGAUUGAUUAUUUGUGCAAAGAAGUAUUAGAAGGAGGUGUUGAUAGCCAACAGAAGAAGGGUCUCUGGCAAAUGGAUGGUGGUGAUGAUAAGUUGGUGAGAGUAGACAUCAAGUCUCAAGAUGGGAAGUUUGAUUUAGCUUCUUCUAAGGAGGUAGAGGAUUGGAGGGAAAAAUUAGGACAUAAAUCAUCAUCGCUAGUUACUUCUUCGCCGCGAAAAGGAUUGGGACAUUGCAUCACAGCACCUGUUGGGACUGAGAGAAACCCACUAAUAGCUGACAAUGAGAUUAUACUUUCUAGAUCAAUGACUGACAAGAGAGGGCUCCCAAGGCAUGACCUAAUAUUGGACAGACUGUCAGAGCAUGAAAAGGAACAACUGAUAGCUGAGCUAGUGAAGAUACAAAAUGAUGGGACUGUUGAAGUUGAUAUGGAAAGGAGUGCAUCUGUUCCUUCAGAACUGUUAGAGCUCCAAUCUUUCGGAGAGCCAACAGUAAGCGGAAGUCUUAGUUCUGCUCUGAAAAGAUCAGUUCCACGGUUACAAAUUGCCAUACUUGUUGUUGGAACUAGAGGGGAUGUACAACCUUUUCUGGCCAUUGCAAAGAGACUUCAGGAGUAUGGUCAUCGUGUCAGGCUUGCAACUCAUAGUAAUUUCAACACAUUUGUAAAGUCAGCUGGCAUAGAUUUCUAUCCUCUGGGUGGUGAUCCUCGUAUAUUGGCAGGAUAUAUGGCGAGAAAUAAAGGUUUAAUCCCUUCUGGUCCGGGUGAAGUAUCUAUCCAAUUAAAGCAGCUGAAAGACAUCAUUGAUUCCCUUCUUCCAGCUUGCACAGCACCUGAUUUGGAAACUGGUGUUCCUUUCAGAGCUCAGGCUAUUAUUGCCAAUCCUCCUGCAUAUGGACAUGCACAUGUUGCUGAAGCCCUUGGGGUGCCUCUUCACAUCUUCUUCACAAUGCCAUGGACGCCAACCUAUGAUUUCCCCCACCCAUUAGCACGUGUUCCUCAAAGUGCUGGUUACUGGAUGUCCUAUAUAAUUGUGGAUCUAAUGACGUGGUGGGGUAUGCGAGGAAUUAUCAAUGACUUUAGGAAAAAGAAAUUGAAGCUUCCGCCUAUUGCAUACUUCAGUAUGUACCGUGGAUCAAUAUCUCAUUUGCCAACUGGCUAUAUGUGGAGUCCCCAUGUUGUUCCGAAACCCAGUGAUUGGGGCCCUUUAGUUGAUGUUGUUGGCUACUGUUUCUUGAGCCUUGCAUCAAAGUAUAAACCUCGGGAAGAUUUUGUCCAAUGGAUUAAAAAAGGACCACCUCCUUUAUAUUUUGGGUUUGGGAGCAUGCCUCUUGAAGAUCCCACAAGAACAACAGAUGUUAUAUUGGAGGCACUAAAGGAUACAGAACAACGGGGAAUUAUUGACCGUGGUUGGGGCAAUCUAGGGAGUUUGGCUGAAGUUCCUGACAAUGUUUUCCUUCUGGAGGAAUGCCCUCAUGAUUGGCUAUUUCCUCAAUGUUCUGCUGUGGUGCAUCAUGGUGGAGCUGGAACCACGGCUACAGGAUUGAAAGCUGGGUGUCCAACAACCAUAGUCCCAUUCUUUGGAGAUCAAUUCUUUUGGGGAGAUAGGAUACAUGAGAAAGAGUUAGGUCCAGCCCCAAUUCCAAUAUCUCAGCUCAAUGUUGAGAAUUUAUCAAAUGCCAUAAAAUUCAUGCUCCAGCCAGAGGUGAAAUCUCGGGUGAUGUUAAUUGCUAAGUUGGUCGAGAACGAAGAUGGUGUUGCUGCCGCAGUUGAUGCAUUUCAUCGCCAUCUACCUGAUGAGCUACCACUGCCAACUCCAUCUCCACAGGAGGAGGACCAAAUUAAUCCUUUGCAGUGGUUUUUUCUCCAAAUAGGAAAGUGGUGCUGUGCCCCUUGUGGUGGUGUUUAAGUCUUCUUUUUUUAUAUAACAAGCCUUCUUUUUUAUUUUCUUUCAUUCAUUAUAUGAUUACAUUUUAUAGGGGUUUCAUUCAUUUUGUCAAGUCUUUUAUGUGAGGGUUUGACUAGCAAUAGAUUUUAUUUUUCUUUCCACCUUUUGUAUAGAAAGUUUGUGUCAUUUGUGAUAGAAUAAGAGUUGAGGGUUUUUUGUUGUAUAAAGAGCUGGGUAGCAUGAGUAGUGUAGAGGGUAGCGACUUCUCCAUAUCGUUUGGUACGUGGUUUUGUAUUAUUAUUUUUUUUGAAGUUGAUAGUUGAUAAGAUCAUACAAGAAUUUUGUGUA